AUAUGACUUGCCUAUUUGUGAAUCUGGCUCCCCAACUCCUCGCUUCACUUCACCUGUGCUUCCCUCUUCUGCGCUCUUCGCAGGCGCCCGCCAGCCUCUGGCCACCUCUGCCGCCUGCCAGGCACCUCCUCUCGCGCUCUCCCCGAUCUCGCCCACCCACCGCCCUCCUUCCAGUGCCUCGUUGGUUUGGGUGGCUGCUCCGCUCUGGGUUCCUCCUCCUCUCCUCUUUCUCUCCGGUCCUUCUCGUUCUCUUCCUCCGGCUGCUGCUGCUGCUGCUGCUGCCGCUGCCGCUGCCGCUUUACAUCUAGUUGGGAAACCCGGGAAGCAGGCGGCUGCUCCAUGGCGCUUUUCCAGAAAGCUCAGGGUUAAUAGCCUUGGCGCCCUCCACCGAUACUCCCAGGAACGCGAGAAGAACUCUUCCACCUGCCUGGCAGUUCUGCAUUGCAUCUCAUGGAAGUGGAAACAGGAAAAAAACAAAUGUUCAAACUCCUUGGAUGUUGGAAUAAACUAACCUGAACCUACUUGGGUCUCCUGCUGCCGCCUCCUCUUCCUUCAUUUCCACCUUUCCUCUGUGGCUUCCCGGAGUGUACAGUUAAGUCAUCAGACUGGAGGUGCCCAGACACCAGGAGGAAGCCGCGCUGGUCCUCCCUGACAUGUGUGACAUGCCGCGGCUCCCUGGGAGGUUUGCUAGACCUGGGUGGACUCUGGCAUUCUAAAUUUCAAUCUGGGGAAAGGAGGGCUUUGCUUUUUAUCUCUCUCUCUUUUUUAAGUAUAUCUUUCCCCCUCUCCUUUUAACUGACUCAUCGUUGUCUUGAAAGAGCUGAUUGCUUCCCUCUUCCCAAAAUUCGGGUAACUCUUCUUCCUACUAUGAUGGGCCCUUGGGCAUCAUGAACUUCAUUAUUCCUCCUUGGCUGGAAUUUAAACUGCCCAUCUGUAGUGGUCCAGUGCGUUGACCAUGCACCUGAGAAUCCACGCGAGACGGAGCCCUCCUCGCCGGCCGGCCUGGACGCUUGGGAUCUGGUCACUCUUCUGGGGAUGUAUCGUCAGCUCUGUGUGGAGUUCCUCUAAUGUAGCUUCCUCCUCCUCCUCCUCCUCUUCCUCACCGGGGUCUCACUCUCAGCUCGAGCACCAUUUCCAUGGCAGCAAGCACCACUCCGUGCCUAUUUCUAUUUAUCGCUCCCCUGUUUCCCUUCGAGGAGGGCACGCUGGCGCCACAUACAUCUUUGGGAAAAGCGGUGGCCUCAUCCUGUACACCUGGCCGGCCAAUGACAGGCCCAGCACGCGCUCCGACCGCCUCGCUGUGGGCUUCAGCACCACUGUGAAGGAUGGCAUCUUGGUCCGCAUUGACAGUGCUCCAGGACUCGGCGACUUCCUCCAGCUCCACAUAGAACAGGGGAAAAUAGGAGUCGUCUUCAAUAUUGGCACAGUGGACAUCUCCAUCAAAGAGGAGAGAACCCCCGUCAAUGAUGGCAAAUACCACGUGGUGCGCUUCACCAGGAAUGGAGGCAAUGCCACCCUGCAGGUGGACAACUGGCCAGUGAAUGAGCAUUACCCCACAGGCCGGCAGUUAACCAUCUUCAACACUCAGGCGCAAAUAGCCAUCGGUGGAAAGGACAAAGGACGCCUCUUCCAAGGCCAACUCUCUGGACUCUAUUAUGAUGGUUUGAAAGUACUGAACAUGGCAGCUGAGAACAACCCCAAUAUAAAAAUCAAUGGAAGUGUCCGGCUGGUAGGAGAAGUCCCGUCAAUUUUGGGAGCAACACAGACGACCUCCAUGCCACCAGAAAUGUCUACCACUGUCAUGGAAACCACUACUACAAUGGCAACCACCACAACCCGUAAGAAUCGCUCUACAGCCAGCAUUCAGCCAACAUCAGAUGACCUUGUUUCAUCUGCUGAAUGUUCAAGUGAUGACGAAGACUUCAUUGAAUGUGAACCCAGUACAGGAGGUGAAUUAGUAAUCCCUCUUCUUGUAGAAGACCCUUUAGCUACCCCUGCUAUUGCUACUCGUGCACCUUCCAUUACUCUCCCCCCUACCUUUCGCCCCCUCCUCACCAUUAUUGAGACCACCAAAGAUUCCCUGUCCAUGACCUCUGAGGCGGGGUUACCUUGCUUGUCGGACCAAGGCAGCGAAGGUUGUGAUGAUGAUGGCUUGGUGAUAUCUGGGUAUGGCUCAGGGGAAACCUUUGACUCUAACCUGCCCCCUACCGAUGAUGAAGAUUUUUACACCACCUUCUCCUUGGUAACAGAUAAGAGUCUUUCCACUUCAAUCUUCGAAGGUGGCUACAAAGCACAUGCGCCCAAGUGGGAAUCCAAGGACUUUAGACCUAACAAAGUCUCGGAAACUGGUAGGACUACUACCACAUCUUUGUCCCCUGAGCUGAUCCGCUUCACAGCUUCCUCCUCGUCCGGGAUGGUGCCCAAAUUGCCAGCUGGCAAAAUGAAUAACCGUGAUCUCAAACCCCAGCCUGAUAUAGUCUUGCUUCCGUUGCCCACUGCCUAUGAGCUAGACAGCACCAAACUGAAGAGCCCACUAAUUACUUCCCCCAUGUUCCGUAAUGUGCCCACAGCAAACCCCACGGAGCCGGGAAUCAGACGGGUCCCGGGGGCCUCAGAGGUGAUCCGGGAGUCGAGCAGCACAACAGGGAUGGUCGUCGGCAUUGUGGCUGCUGCCGCCCUCUGCAUCUUGAUCCUCCUGUAUGCCAUGUACAAGUACAGGAACAGGGACGAGGGGUCCUAUCAAGUGGACGAGACGCGGAACUACAUCAGCAACUCGGCGCAGAGCAACGGCACGCUCAUGAAGGAGAAGCAGCAGAGCUCCAAGAGCGGCCACAAGAAGCAGAAGAACAAGGACAAAGAGUACUACGUGUAAACGUGGCCACGUUGACAACAGACGAAUUUAAAAAUGGAAUUCUUUAUAUACGCGUACGCACAUACUGUGACCGUGAGAGGUGACAGGUGCCAGAACUGUUCUAACCGAGAUGGGGUGUACUGUGACUAGGGUGGAGAUGCCACUUACAGAGAUGGAUCUCUCUGCAAACUUCAGCCGAGGCUGCUGCGUUUCAGUCAUCGCUCGGAGACAGUUCUUUCUGCCCUGCUGUAUCAUAUAAAGCACACACUUUGCGCUCUGGAGCAAGCCAGUGGCUCCAGCACUUUCGCGGACUUGGAAGCUUCCUUCUCUGAGGACCUUUGUCAAAAGGUAGAAGACUUCAUGGCUUACUUGUUCCAUAACUCCAAGUGAGUCUGUAAUGAUGUUUGUGAAGCUUGACUGUAACAAUGUUCUUUUCUUUUGUUUCAUUAUGUAAAAAACCAAAACAGGAAAAAAAAAAAAAAAAAAAGAACAGACAUAAAAAAAAACAAAAAAAACACAACCUUUAUCUGGUUUCGGCCAGCGUGUGUGUAACUUUUCAAGAUCUGAGGGGAAAAAUGGCUUUUGGGUUUUUGUUUAUUUAUUUGCUUAUUUAUUUGAGAGUGACUGGACAUAAGAAGAGAAAAAAAAAAUAAACUCAGAAAACAAAAGUGAGAGAGACUCUUGCCAUAUGAACUCAAAAGCUACCAUGGUGUUCACUCUACAUAUCAGGUUGUGGUGUCUCUAGAAUCUGUUGUUUGUUUCCUAUAAGAUGCUUUGCUGAGCACAUAGCAAAAUUCCAUCUGGUGGAUGAUACUGAUUUGAAAAGCUGGUUCCCCAGGAUCUAAUUCCAGAAUUUGCCACCCAGAUCCUAACUAUGCAGGUUUUGGGCUGGUUAUAUCAGAGCUAUUGGCUUUCCUUCCCAAUGUUGUUCCUGUACGUUAACCCAGCCAAAUUGUAUUGAAGGGGAAAGCCCCGCUGACUACAACACAGCCUUUCCUAGGGAAGGGGGGGUGGGCUGGAUCUGUAACGGAUUGAAAUGCAUGCAAAUAAAAAAGAAAAGACAAUACGAAAGUUUGUUCAAUAAUCCAAACAGACAAUUAGGGGAGUUCAACUUGUGAUGGAACCACGGAAGGUCACACAAGCCAAACACGUCAUGACAGAGUGAAAAAUAUUCGUACACAGUUCUUUCCCUGCCCCCAACACGAUGAUGGUUUUCAUAGUUGUUUAAUUUUGUAGCCUGACACAUACGGAUAUCUCCAUCCUUCCAUCUGCUCACUUCUCCCUGCGCCCAUCUUUUUUAAAAAAGAAAUAAAUAAAUGAAUAAAGCUGCUGUGACACACACACAAAAGGAAUUUAAUAGUAUAAUAUAUAUAAAUAAAUAUAUAUACAGAUAUAUUUAUCAUGGUAUGUUUGAUGGGAUGACUGACACAGGAAAUCUGUUAAAGUCUUGAAGUGGAAUGAGAAUGUUGUUUUAACAGAAAAUAAUAACGUGACAAAAAAAGCAAACCUUAAAAUGUGAAGAAAGUGUGAGUUUUAGUUUUGUCACAGUUAACUGUGUCAAAGAGAAUUAAAAAAAAAAAUCUUCUCAGAUUUUGUUUACAUAUUUUACUACAUUUUUGCUGGUACAAUUCCUUAGUCACCUAUGUACAUACUGCUUUAAAAACUGUUUUUUCCUUUCUAUUUGUUUAUUUCAGUUGUCUGGUUUAUAUUCCAGUUGUCUUUUUUUUUUCUUUUUGUAAAGAGGAAACAAUGUACAGAAAAAAAAAAAUACACUGGUUUUGUGGCCAUAGCGUUUUAAAAAGCAAGAGACAGAGCAAGACAAAUAUUCACUCAAAAAAUCAAGUGUGGCCUCUGGAGGGUCAGAUAUAUACAAUUUCUUUUGUACAGAUGAAAAACAAACAGCUGUUUAGAUUUAGAAAUCUACUCUUGCUGGUCUUUGUAAGUUGCAUGAGUAUUUGACUUUGAAAAAAUAUCUUCAAGAUAUGGGGCAAAAAGCGCAAUCUCAAUGAUAGCCUUUACUAAUGUGUACGAAAAGAGGCGUUCCUCAUUAUCGGCUAUUUCAAUGUGUUAAGAUUUUUUGAUUUUUUUGUUGUCAUGAAAAAGACAGGAUUAUAAAGAGAUAUCAAAGCACGAUUUUAGAUAACCUAAAUGGCCCAGCCUAUAUGAAGUUGAUUAUAUCUUGAUGUCUAUAAAAGAUUGCUGUUCUUGGAGUCUUGAGGUCUUGUGAACUGAUUUCCUGCUUUCUUUCCUUACAUUUUUUUAAUUUGAGUAAAAAUACAUUUGUUACAUUCCUUUUAGCGUAAGUUUCUAUUUGGACAAUUUUAUGGGAACAUGUGCAUUCUGUAUGUGAGCUUCUAUCAUAUUCCUGUUGUUUUAUUAGCAGACCCAAAAGGAGUUUUAUUUUAUAAUGUUGUGAUGUUACUACUUUUUCUUUUUCCUUUUUCCUUUUAUUUCGUAUUUGCAUUUUCGUUCCAGGAUAUGCUUAGCAAUAAAAUGUUCUUCCCAAAACCUUGUUUGAUGAUACACUUUUAUUUUCUUAACAUUUGGGAAAAUAUCUUGAACUGUCAUAGUUUACGAAAAGCCAAACAAGCUAGGACCACUUUAAUAUAAUAUAAAAUAUUCUAAGCAGUUGCUAGUUACUGACAUAAAUUUAUUGAAAAUGUCAAAUUUAUAGGACAAACAAUUAUUGUCUGUUACUUUAGACAUUAUUGUUUUGAUCGCUGUGAUUGAAUAAGCGGGAAGAGAAGCACUUUUCUGAAAAGGGAAGAUGACAGAGGCAUUUUAUUGUAAAAAAGAGUAUUAGAUACUAU